UUCAAUUUUUCAUUGCCUGGUUUGAACCAGUUCGAAGCAGUUGACAGCGAGUGGACUUUUUUCAGUUUGAAUCCUUGCCAAUCCUUAAGAAUUUCUUCAUAUCAUUUUACCAAGAAAGCCUUAUUGUAUCGACACGAAACUCAUUUGAAGUUUAAGCAAAGUUUUUAAUUUCGAAAUCACCUACAAUGCAACCUCAGAAGCCAGUGCCGGUGGCUACGUUCAAGUUGGUUCUCGUCGGUGAUGGCGGUACUGGGAAGACUACGUUCGUCAAACGACAUAUGACCGGCGAAUUCGAAAAGAAAUAUGUUGCCACACUUGGUGUUGAAGUUCAUCCCCUAGACUUCAACACCAACCGAGGGUUGAUCCGAUUCAAUGUCUGGGACACAGCUGGACAGGAGAAGUUCGGAGGGUUGCGUGAUGGUUAUUACAUCCAAGGACAGUGUGGUAUAAUCAUGUUCGAUGUCACAUCACGAGUCACAUAUAAGAACGUCCCCAGUUGGCACAGAGAUUUGGAAAGAGUUUGUCAAUGCAUUCCAAUCGUACUCUGUGGAAACAAAACAGAUGUCAAAGACAGAAAAGUCAAGGCAAAAGCUAUCACUUUCCAUAGAAAAAAGAAUCUCCAGUACUAUGACAUCAGUGCAAAAAGUAACUACAACUUUGAGAAACCGUUUUUAUGGCUGGCUAGAAAACUCACAGGAGACCCAAACCUAGAGUUUACAGAAAUGCCUGCCCUGCUACCGCCGGAAAUCGUCAUGGAUGCUGCGCAAAAGAAGCAAGUUGAAGCCGACCUGUUGGAAGCCCAGAAAACAGCGCUUCCUGAUGAUGAGGAUGACUUGUAAACAUUUAGAUAUUGAACAUUCGUUUUCAAGGGGAGUCAUUUCUAUGAAGCGAUAUAUUGAAUACAAUAUAACGUUAUACAAAAAAUCAACAUUCAAUAUUUGCACCAUUUUGCUAAAGUAAAUGGGCAUCUUUAAAAUGUAAUAAAUUUUGAAUAUAGAGAGUUUUACAGUUCCCAAAACGUUAGUUUCACCCCUGUAACUCUAAGCUACUUUGUGCUUUUUCUGUUUGCCUUUAUUUAUUUUCAAACUAGUAAAUUUUGAGCAAUGUUUUUUUUUUUUUUAAUUUGCUAGUUAAAGAAAUAAAGGAAGUGUAUUGUUAA